AUGCCAAACGCACAAGAAAACCCUCACUCACCCAAGCGCGUCCCAACUCCGUUACGAGGGGAUAAAAAGGGAGAACAUAAUCACAAAAUGUUCCUUUUCUCGUGGGCGUUUGUAUUUGUCGUUUUUAUCGAAAACACCCCUAUUUAUUGUUCUCUUACUAACACAAAGCAAUCACCUACGUUGUACUCGUCUAAUAAGGAGGCAAAUGCUGUUACCGACAUGCUUCAAAUUAUGGACCUUUUGCAGAACCAAAUGGAAAAUGAAACGUUUGAAAAUCAAGCUAAUUUGAUUCAACAUCUAAUAAAAAUCACGCAGCAGUCCCCUUUGUUAAAUAGUCUAAGAAAGGAAAUUCCACUUAUCGUUGCUCUUACAAUCCAGCUCAGUAACAAGUUCGGCGCUGUUCAAGCACUUUCAUCGUCAAUGACCAAACAGGAAGAUAAGAUAAAUUAUCUGGAUACAAAAUUCAAUAAAAAAAUUGAAACAAUAGAUCAGAAUUUCUCCAAUUCUCUUCAGAAAACAGCCGAUCAGGUAGCAUCCAAUAUCAAAUCUAUUUCUGCAAUUGAGAAAUCUUUUAGAACUCUCUCUGCGCAAGAACGGGACAAUGAGAAACAUAUUGACUUUGUGUCAAGCGACUUACACAUGACAAAAAGUGAACUAACAUCUCUACAAAUCGUCUUACACAUGACAAAAAGUGAACUAACAUCUCUACAAAGUGACUUGAACACAACAAAGAGCGAUGUAAUAUCUCUUCAAAGUGACGUUAACAUGACAAAGAGCAAACUCGCUUCUCUACAAAGCGACUCAUGCAUGAUAAAGAGCGAAAUUAUAUCAAUUCAAAGUAACUUAAACCUGACGGAGAGUAAAGUUACAUCUUUACAAAGUGACUCUCACACAACAAAGAGCGAUGUAACAUCUCUACAAAGUGACUUAAAUAUGACUAAGAGCGAAGUCACCUCUCUUCAAAGCGACUCAUACAUGACAAAGAGCGAAGUAUCAUCUUUAAAACGUGACUUUAACACAACAAAGAGCGAAAUAACGUCUCUACAACGUGACUUAAAUAUGGCAAAGAGUGAAGUCACUUCUCUACAAAAUGACUCAUACAUGACAAAGAGCGAAAUAAUAUCUAUACAAAGUGAUAUAAACAUGACAAAGAGCAAAGUAUUAUUUUUAGAAAGAGACUUAAACACAACAAAGAGCAAAAUCACUUCUCUACAAAGCAACUUAAAUAUGACAAAGGGCGAAGUCACCUCUCUACAAAGUAACUCAUACAUGACAAAGAGCGAAAUAAUAUAUAUACAAAGUGACGUUAACAUGACAAAGAGCCAACUCACUUCUCUACAAAGCGACUCAUACAUGACAAAGAAAGAAGUCACCUCUCUACAAAAUGACGUAAAUAUGACAAAGAACGAAAUUUCAUCUCUACAAAAUGACUUCCAUGUGACAAAGAGCGAAGUUACAACUUUAAAAAGUGACUUAAACAUGACGAAGAGCGAAGUCACUUCUCUACAAAAUGACUCAUACGUGACAAAGAGCGAAAUAACAUCACUUCAAAGUGAUUUAAACAUCACAGAGAGUAAAGUAACAUCUUUACAAAAUGACUGGAACACAACAAAGAGCGAUGUAACAUCUCUACAAAGUGACUUGGAUAUAACAAAGAGCGAAAUAACAUCUUUACAAAGUGACGUUAACAUGACAAAGAGCAAACUCGCAUCUCUACAAAGCGACUCAUGCAUGAUAAAGAGCGAAAUUAUAUCAAUUCAAAGUAACUUAAACCUGACGGAGAUUAAAGUUACAUCUUUACAAAGUGACUCUCACACAACAAAGAGCGAUGUAACAUCUCUACAAAAUGACUUAAAGAUGACUAAGAGCGAAGUCACCUCUCUUCAAAGCGACUCAUACAUGACAAAGAGCGAAGUAUCAUCUUUAAAACGUGACUUUAACACAACAAAGAGCGAAAUAACGUCUCUACAAAGUGACUUAAAUAUGACAAAGAGCGAAGUAGCUUCUCUACAAAAUGACUCAUACAUGACAAAGAGCGAAAUAAUAUCUAUACAAAGUGAUAUAAACAUGACAAAGAGCAAAGUAUUAUUUUUAGAAAGAGACUUAAACACAACAAAGAGCAAAAUCACUUCUCUACAAAGCAACUUAAAUAUGACAAAGGGCGAAGUCACCUCUCUACAACGUGACUCAUACAUGGCAAAGAGCGAAAUUAUAGCUAUACAAAGUGACGUUAACAUGACAAAGAGCCAACUCACUUCUCUACAAAGCGACUCAUACAUGACAAAGAAAGAAGUCACCUCUCUACAAAAUGACGUAAAUAUGACAAAGAACGAAAUUUCAUCUCUACAAAAUGACUUCAAUAUGACAAAGAGCGAAGUUACAACUUUAAAAAGUGACUUAAACAUGACGAAGAGCGAAGUCACUUCUCUACAAAAUGACUCAUACGUGACAAAGAGCGAAAUAACAUCACUUCAAAGUGAUUUAAACAUCACAGAGAGUAAAGUAACAUCUUUACAAAAUGACUUGAACACAACAAAGAGCGAUGUAACAUCUCUAGAAAGUGACUUGGAUAUAACAAAGAGCGAAGUAACAUCUCUACAAAGUGACGUUAACAUGACAAAGAGCAAACUCGCUUCUCUACAAAGCGACUCAUACAUGAUAAAGAGCGAAAUUAUAUCAAUUCAAAGUAACUUAAACCUGACGGAGAGUAAAGUUACAUCUUUACAAAGUGACUCUCACACAACAAAGAGCGAUGUAACAUCUCUACAAAGUGACUUAAAGAUGACUAAGAGCGAAGUCACCUCUCUUCAAAGCGAAUCAUACAUGACAAAGAGCGAAGUAUCAUCUUUAAAACGUGACUUUAACACAACAAAGAGCGAAAUAACGUCUCUACAAAGUGACUUAAAUAUGACAAAGAGCGAAGUAACUUCUCUACAAAAUGACUCAUACAUGACAAAGAGCGAAAUAAUAUCUAUACAAAGUGAUAUAAACAUGACAAAGAGCAAAGUAUUAUUCUUAGAAAGAGACUUAAACACAACAAAGAGCAAAAUCACUUCUCUACAAAGCAACUUAAAUAUGACAAAGGGCGAAGUCACCUCUCUACAACGUGACUCAUACAUGGCAAAGAGCGAAAUUAUAGCUAUACAAAGUGACGUUAACAUGACAAAGAGCCAACUCACUUCUCUACAAGGCGACUCAUACAUGACAAAGAAAGAAGUCACCUCUCUACAAAAUGACGUAAAUAUGACAAAGAACGAAAUUUCAUCUCUACAAAAUGACUUCAAUAUGACAAAGAGCGAAGUUACAACUUUAAAAAGUGACUUAAACAUGACGAAGAGCGAAGUCACUUCUCUACAAAAUGACUCAUACGUGACAAAGAGCGAAAUAACAUCACUUCAAAGUGAUUUAAACAUCACAGAGAGUAAAGUAACAUCUUUACAAAAUGACUUGAACACAACAAAGAGCGAUGUAACAUCUCUAGAAAGUGACUUGGAUAUAACAAAGAGCGAAGUAACAUCUCUACAAAGUGACGUUAACAUGACAAAGAGCAAACUCGCUUCUCUACAAAGCGACUCAUACAUGAUAAAGAGCGAAAUUAUAUCAAUUCAAAGUAACUUAAACCUGACGGAGAGUAAAGUUACAUCUUUACAAAGUGACUCUCACACAACAAAGAGCGAUGUAACAUCUCUACAAAGUGACUUAAAGAUGACUAAGAGCGAAGUCACCUCUCUUCAAAGCGAAUCAUACAUGACAAAGAGCGAAGUAUCAUCUUUAAAACGUGACUUUAACACAACAAAGAGCGAAAUAACGUCUCUACAAAGUGACUUAAAUAUGACAAAGAGCGAAGUAACUUCUCUACAAAAUGACUCAUACAUGACAAAGAGCGAAAUAAUAUCUAUACAAAGUGAUAUAAACAUGACAAAGAGCAAAGUAUUAUUCUUAGAAAGAGACUUAAACACAACAAAGAGCAAAAUCACUUCUCUACAAAGCAACUUAAAUAUGACAAAGGGCGAAGUCAGCUCUCUACAACGUGACUCAUACAUGGCAAAGAGCGAAAUUAUAGCUAUACAAAGUGACGUUAACAUGACAAAGAGCCAACUCACUUCUCUACAAGGCGACUCAUACAUGACAAAGAAAGAAGUCACCUCUCUACAAAAUGACGUAAAUAUGACAAAGAACGAAAUUUCAUCUCUACAAAAUGACUUCAAUAUGACAAAGAGCGAAGUUACAACUUUAAAAAGUGACUUAAACAUGACGAAGAGCGAAGUCACUUCUCUACAAAAUGACUCAUACGUGACAAAGAGCGAAAUAACAUCACUUCAAAGUGAUUUAAACAUCACAGAGAGUAAAGUAACAUCUUUACAAAAUGACUUGAACACAACAAAGAGCGAUGUAACAUCUCUAGAAAGUGACUUGGAUAUAACAAAGAGCGAAGUAACAUCUCUACAAAGUGACGUUAACAUGACAAAGAGCAAACUCGCUUCUCUACAAAGCGACUCAUACAUGAUAAAGAGCGAAAUUAUAUCAAUUCAAAGUAACUUAAACCUGACGGAGAGUAAAGUUACAUCUUUACAAAGUGACUCUCACACAACAAAGAGCGAUGUAACAUCUCUACAAAGUGACUUAAAGAUGACUAAGAGCGAAGUCACCUCUCUUCAAAGCGAAUCAUACAUGACAAAGAGCGAAGUAUCAUCUUUAAAACGUGACUUUAACACAACAAAGAGCGAAAUAACGUCUCUACAAAGUGACUUAAAUAUGACAAAGAGCGAAGUAACUUCUCUACAAAAUGACUCAUACAUGACAAAGAGCGAAAUAAUAUCUAUACAAAGUGAUAUAAACAUGACAAAGAGCAAAGUAUUAUUCUUAGAAAGAGACUUAAACACAACAAAGAGCAAAAUCACUUCUCUACAAAGCAACUUAAAUAUGACAAAGGGCGAAGUCAGCUCUCUACAACGUGACUCAUACAUGGCAAAGAGCGAAAUUAUAGCUAUACAAAGUGACGUUAACAUGACAAAGAGCCAACUCACUUCUCUACAAGGCGACUCAUACAUGACAAAGAAAGAAGUCACCUCUCUACAAAAUGACGUAAAUAUGACAAAGAACGAAAUUUCAUCUCUACAAAAUGACUUCAAUAUGACAAAGAGCGAAGUUACAACUUUAAAAAGUGACUUAAACAUGACGAAGAGCGAAGUCACUUCUCUACAAAAUGACUCAUACGUGACAAAGAGCGAAAUAACAUCACUUCAAAGUGAUUUAAACAUCACAGAGAGUAAAGUAACAUCUUUACAAAAUGACUUGAACACAACAAAGAGCGAUGUAACAUCUCUAGAAAGUGACUUGGAUAUAACAAAGAGCGAAGUAACAUCUCUACAAAGUGACGUUAACAUGACAAAGAGCAAACUCGCUUCUCUACAAAGCGACUCAUACAUGAUAAAGAGCGAAAUUAUAUCAAUUCAAAGUAACUUAAACCUGACGGAGAGUAAAGUUACAUCUUUACAAAGUGACUCUCACACAACAAAGAGCGAUGUAACAUCUCUACAAAGUGACUUAAAGAUGACUAAGAGCGAAGUCACCUCUCUUCAAAGCGAAUCAUACAUGACAAAGAGCGAAGUAUCAUCUUUAAAACGUGACUUUAACACAACAAAGAGCGAAAUAACGUCUCUACAAAGUGACUUAAAUAUGACAAAGAGCGAAGUAACUUCUCUACAAAAUGACUCAUACAUGACAAAGAGCGAAAUAAUAUCUAUACAAAGUGAUAUAAACAUGACAAAGAGCAAAGUAUUAUUCUUAGAAAGAGACUUAAACACAACAAAGAGCAAAAUCACUUCUCUACAAAGCAACUUAAAUAUGACAAAGGGCGAAGUCAGCUCUCUACAACGUGACUCAUACAUGGCAAAGAGCGAAAUUAUAGCUAUACAAAGUGACGUUAACAUGACAAAGAGCCAACUCACUUCUCUACAAGGCGACUCAUACAUGACAAAGAAAGAAUGA